AUGUCCUUCCCUUCUAACAACGACCUCGACAUUUCUCAUGUUAAGGGAAAUGCGCCGGAGGAGAUAAAACGCCUUCUGGUGUCGCCUUACCGCUUGUACAAGUCGAACCAGGCGCAAGGUCCUCUUUUCGGGGAGGAAAUCCAGAAGAGAUUGGUUGUGACGGAGGUUUCUAUCCUCCAGAAGGCUGAAGAGCCUUUGAAGCAAGAGGGACGGGUUGUUCUGGAGACCGACGUUGCUGAAGAUAUGUUGAACGGCGGAGGCAACAUUCAUGGAGGUUGCUCUGCCUUCCUAAUCGACAUUUGCUCAACUUUGGCAUUGAUUGCUCUUGGUAUCGUCAACAAUUCCAAGUCGACUCGAAGCGUCUCCCAAUCCCUCAAUGUCGUCUACCAUUCUCCGGCAUCACUGGGCGACCGCAUUCGGAUUGUGAACCAGACUUUGACCUUAGGCGCCCGUGCUCAAUCGGUUCGAACCGAGAUUUGGAACGUUACACACCAUAGACUGGUUUCAUCCGGCACGCAUAUCAAGAUGGUUCCCUCUCCUCCACCCAAGCCAAGCUUGUGA